AUGCAUGUGAUGAUGCACACAAUCUAUUUUCUAUCUCUAUAUUUAAUAUCAGUAUUGUUUCUCUGCCUUCAUCCUCUCACCAUUUUAGCCGACGGUAAUUCCACCACCGGCAUUGACAAGUGGUGCAACCAAACUCCUUAUCCUGAUCCAUGCAAAUGCUACUUCAAAAACCACAAUGGUUUCCGACUGCCGACAUAGCUAUCCGAGUUCCGAGUAAUGCUGGUGGAAGCAACCAUGGAUCGGGCUAUAUCCGCCCGGGACGAGCUUACUCGGUCAAGUGGGAACUGCACUGACUGCCGGAAGCAAGCCGUUUUUGCUGACUGCAUUAACUUAUAUGAAGACACGAUCGUGCAGCUAACUCGGACGCUAGCUGGCGUGGCUCCAAAAGCCGGUGCUGGAAAAAAGUGCACCGACUUUGACGCUCAGACGUGGCUGAGCACCGCACUUACAAACAUCGAGACUUGCCGACGCGGCUCUUCCGAUCUCAACGUCUCAGAUUUCAUUACACCGAUAGUUUCAAACACCAAAAUCUCCAAUUUAAUAAGCAACUGCUUAGCUCUCAAUGGAGCCCUCUUGCCCAUCGGUAACAAUGGUACCACCACUGCUGAUGGAAAGGACUUUCCGAUGUGGGUAUCCGGUAAAGAGAGGGGACUUCUACAGUUGCAAUCAGCGCGUGCUGUACGAGCUAACAUCGUGGUUGCCAAGGACGGGUCGGGUCAAGUCACGACGGUGCAAGCGGCUAUAGACGUGGCUGGACGGAGAAAGGUGAUGUCAAAGAGGUUUGUGAUAUACGUGAAGAGAGGAAUAUAUCAAGAAAACAUAAAUGUACGUCUCAAUAACGAUAACAUAAUGUUGGUCGGAGAUGGAAUGAGAUCCACCAUUAUCACCGGUGCUCGAAGUGUCAAAGGUGGUUACACCACUUACAAUUCCGCCACUGCCGGUAUUGAAGGACUUCACUUCAUAGCCAAAGGCCUAACAUUUCGGAACACGGCAGGACCUGCCAAGGGUCAGGCCGUGGCACUUCGGUCAUCCUCGGACCUCUCAAUCUUCUACAAAUGCUCAAUCGAAGGAUACCAAGACACAUUGAUGGUCCACUCGCAACGUCAAUUUUACCGGGAGUGCUACAUCUACGGAACCAUCGAUUUCAUAUUUGGAAAUGCAGCCGUAGUUUUUCAAAACUGUAUCAUUCUCCCUCGCCGGCCACUACAUGGUCAAUCCAAUGUCAUAACCGCGCAAGGUCGUGCUGAUCCAUUUCAGAACACAGGCAUCUCUAUCCAUAACUCAAGAAUCCUACCGGCUCCUGAUCUCAAACCGGUCCUCCGUACUGUUAAGACGUACAUGGGCCGGCCUUGGAUGAAGUACUCGUGCACCGUGGUACUCCAGACGUAUUUGGAUAGUGUUGUGAGUCCGUUCGGAUGGUCACCGUGGAUCGAAGGUUCCAUUUUCGGCUUAAACACGCUGUUCUAUGCGGAGUAUAAGAAUAGCGGACCAGCUUCCUCCACGCGGUGGCGUGUUCGUUGGAAUGGGUUUCAUGUGUUGAAAAGAGCUUCCGAUGCUUCUGCUUUCACCGUUGGAAGAUAUGCCGGUUCUGCGUGGCUGCCACGCACAGGCAUACCCUUCACUUCCGGCCUUUAA